AUGAAAGCCCUCGUCUAUACCGGCCCAGGUAUGAUUGAAGUUUUGGAUCGUCCUCGGCCGGUCAUUCAAGCGCCCACCGACGCCGUGGUCCGGCUGCUGCACGCCUCCAUCUGCGGGACGGACCUGCACAUCCUCAAGGGUGACGUCCCGACGGCCAAACCGGGCCUGAUCCUCGGACACGAAGGGGUGGGCGUGGUCGAAGAGCUGGGCGAGUCAGUCCAUAGUCUCCGGGUCGGCGACCGGGUGCUCAUCUCGUGCAUGACGGCGUGCGGCGCCUGCAAGUUCUGUCGCCGGGGCAUCUCCGCGCACUGCGAGACGGGCGGAUGGGUGCUGGGCCAUCAUGUCGACGGCACCCAGGCGGAAUAUGUACGCGUGCCUCAUGCCACCCUCUCGCUGCACCCGCUCGCUGCCUCGAUCGACUCGCGGGCCGCCGUGGCAGUCUCCGAUGCCUUCCCCACAGGUCUUGAGUGUGGCGUGCUCAGCGCGAACGUCCAGCCCGGCGGCUCGGUGGUGAUUGUGGGCGCGGGCCCGGUGGGCAUGGCGGCGCUGCUGACGGCGCGGCUGUACACGCCGUCGCUGGUGGUGAUGGUGGAUCUGGACGAGGCGCGCCUCGAGACGGCCCGGCAGCUCGGGGCCCACGCGACGGUCAACUCGGGGGUGGCGGACGCGCGGGCGCGGCUGCUGGCCCUGACGGAGGGUCAGGGAUUCGACUCGGUGAUCGAAGCGGUCGGGAUUCCGGCGACAUUUGAUCUGUGCCAGGAGCUGGUCGCGGUGGGCGGACGGAUUGCAAACGUGGGCGUGCACGGGACGAAAGUGGACUUGCACCUGGACCGACUGUGGGAUCGUAAUAUCAGUAUCCACAUGGCGCUGGUGAACGCGACGACGACGCCGCGGUUGUUGAGGCUGAUGGAGUCGGGGGAGCUGGAGAUUGGCAAGUUGGUCACGCACAACUACCCCUGCAGCGAAGGCGUCACAGCGUACAGCACCUUCCAGACGGCUGCGCAGCACCAAGCACUGAAAGUGGCUAUUGAUUUCUCCUCGUCAAAUUAA